AUGACUGAAGAAACGGACUUUGGCCAACAUCUCGCUCUACGGGCUUCCAUCAUCGGCGAUCCGGAUAACUGGUCCGGUGUAAGCGAUGCAGGCAAACGGAAAAGAAUUCAAAAUCGCAUCAAUCAACGAUCCCGCACGGAAGAAGCAACUGGUUCACCACAGUGCCACGUCUAUCCCUGCUCUGAUCAGCGCUGUCCUGAAUCACAACCGCAUUCGUGGAACAAUCAAACUAUUGUUCAAGUCUUCGAAGCUAUUGCGAGCCAAGACAGAAGCGCUGGAUUAGUCAGGGCCAAUAUGCUAUCCAGCCUAUCGCAGUUUAACUUUUCUCGGACAUUGAUGUUGAAUGCAGAUAUUCUUGGGCUUUCUGACGAUUUAAUGCAUGACGACGCUUGCUCGUUGUUUGUGGUUGCUGGACCUUGGCCGGUCGGGAUAAACAUCAACGCAGAAACCUUACCGGAUGGUCUUCGACCGACCAGUCUCCAGUACUACAGGGAGCACCACCCCUGGAUAGAUCUACUCCCGGUAGCCCAACUGAGAGAUAAUAUUAUCCAGCGAGACGUGGACUCGUAUGAUGAGGCGGGUCUCUGCUGUGCAUUCACGGGGCGCGGCCACGACCAAGGUACCGGUGUGGUUGUCUGGCGCGAACCUUGGGAUCCUAGCGGGUGGGAAGUGACAGCCGAGUUUGCUCGGACCUGGGGCUGGGUUAUUUCUGGCUGCUACGAUCUCUUCCGGUCCACGAAUAUGUGGCGCGCUCAAAGAAAUGAACGCCCUCUAUUCAAAUUACCAGAUUGA